UUUUGAAUAUUGAUUCACAUUGGACCACAUUAUUUGUGAGCUCUAGUUUACUUUAACUAACUUAUUAAUUGCUCAAGAAACUUAGCCUUUGAAAUUUAAGAACAAAUAUGUCCCGAAAUGAAGAGUUUCAAGUUGAAUCAACAAUGGAUUAUGAUCGAUCGAAGGAGGUAAAGGCUUUUGAUGAUACAAAAUCUGGUGUUAAGGGACUAGUUGAUACUGGAAUAAUGGAAAUACCAAGAAUUUUCAUUAGGCCAUCUGAUGAACUUGUUGAAGAGUUGACUCGGAGCAAAUCAGGUCUACAUUGUCCAGUGAUAGAUCUCAGUGGCAUAGAAGUUCAGGAUCGACGUAAGAAAGUUGUAGAUGAAAUAAGGGAAGCAUCAGAGAAGUGGGGAUUUUUCCAACUGAUAAAUCAUGGGAUUCCUUCGAGUGUUUUAGAAGGAAUGCUUGAUGGGACUCGCAAAUUUCACGAACAAGAUUCUGAAUUAAAGAAAGAGUACUAUUCCCGUGAUAAGACAAGAAGUGUUAGAUAUGAGAGCAACUACGAUCUUUAUGAAUCAAAAACUGCAAACUGGAGGGAUACAUUGAACAUUUCUAUGCUAAUUUCUGGUCAUAUUGAACCUGAAGAAAUACCAGCAGUUUUUAGGAGCGUGACCGUUGAAUAUAUAAAUCAUGUCACAAAGCUAGGAGAAACUAUAUUCAGCAUACUAUCUGAAGCUCUCGGGCUAAAACCAGAUCACUUGAAAGAUAUGGAAUGUACCAAAGGAAGAUCAGUGUUAUGCCAUUAUUAUCCAGCAUGCCCACAGCCAGAGCUAACUCUUGGCGCUGCGAAGCAUACAGAUCCUUCUUUCCUUACCAUCCUUCUUCAAGAUCAAAUUGGUGGCCUUCAAGUCCUGCACAAUAACCAAUGGAUUGAUGUUGAACCGGUUGCAGAAGCACUGGUUGUUAAUAUUGGCGAGGCACUUCAGAUCCUAUCAAAUGACAAGUUUGUGAGCGCUAAUCAUAGAGUUUUAGCGAAUGGGGUAGGACCAAGAAUGUCAGUGCCAUGCUUCUUCAAUGGUUGUUUUGCACAUCCAAAAAUCUAUGGUCCAAUCAAGGAUCUAAUAUCAGAAGAAAAUCCCCCAUUAUAUAAAGAAUUUACGGUAACUGAUUACAUUGCUAAAUUUAUGUCCAAGCCACUUGGUACGUCUGCCCUUGACCUUUUCAGACUAUGAAGACAGACCAAGAGGUACAUUACCAAGCCGCGACAAACAUCAUCAAUAUAUUCCUUCGGAAACUCUAUCAUUAUCUUCACAUUAAAGUUUGUUAUUAUCUGUACAAUAAUGUUUUUCACAUGAAUACUGGAUUAGCCAAGAGCAUCUUUGUUAUUCCUGUUUUUAUCAAGAACACACCCUUAUGUAUCUUUCACUU